AAGAGAAAUUUCUUUCAUUUCAUUUCGUGUCAAAAAUAUGUCUUUCUAUUAAUGUCAGAAACUUUAAGUACAAUACAAAGAAUGUGGAAAUAUAUAUUCCCCACAUACGACAAGCCCUAAAAUUUAAUUACAAAUUUAGAGUGUGAGGGAAUCCACAAAAUGGGCAGCUAUGCCGCAAAACCGGAAACGGAAAAGGAUGUGCACGUGGGCGAGGGCAAUGGACUUCGUUACUGCGUUAGUUCAAUGCAAGGGUGGCGAACAGAAAUGGAGGAUAAACACAUCGCUGCUUGUGGCCUUAGGAAACCCUACGAAGAUCUGUCAUUUUUUGGUGUGUUCGAUGGCCAUGCCGGUGAUCAUAUAGCAAUCCAUUGUGCCGAGAAUCUGCUGACCACCAUAACAAAUACAGAUCAAUUUUCUAAAGCCGAGUUCAAGGAGGCGUUACGAGAGGGCUACAUUCAGCUGGAUGCGCAGAUGCGAAAGAUGAAAUGGGAUAAGCCAGGUGCAACGACGGCAAUGACGGCGGGUGGAACGACGGCCACUUGUGUCCUGGUUACGCCAAAGAAAAUGUACUUGGUCAAUUGCGGCGAUUCUCGGGCUGUGCUUUGCCGGAAGGGAAAGGCCUCAAUUAGCACCGUGGAUCAUAGACCGACUUCGCCCAAGGAGAAGGCCCGCAUAAAAAAGGCCGGUGGCACGGUUAUCAUAGAUCGAGUGAACGGUAAUCUGGCCGUAUCUCGGGCAUUGGGUGACUUUCAGUACAAACGCAUCCACUGGCAGCCCUGCGAACAAAUGGUCUCUCCGGAACCCGAUAUAUUCGAAUGCGAUCGUGUGGUAUGCGAUGAAUUUGUGGUUAUUGCCUGCGAUGGCAUAUGGGAUGUGAUGAGCAGCCAAGAAGUCUGUGCCUAUAUCCAUUCACGGCUCCUUGUGACCGACGAUCUGCCAGAGAUUGUCAAUAGUAUUCUGGAUAUAUGCCUUCACAAGGAUAGUAGAGAUAAUAUGACACUGAUGCUGUUGCUACUUCCGGGCGCACCGAAGAUCAGUGAAGAUGCUGUGACAGCCGAUCGUAUUCUUGAUCAUAAAAUUGAGGAACUUACAAGGGAACUCAUUGAGAAGAACGAUAUAUAUUUCUUUCAUAAUCUGCUAGUUCUCAUGGAUCGAAAGGCAGGGGAAAUAGAAAAUCUACCGCCGGGCGGUGGACUAUAUGCCAAAUAUCAUGUUAUUAGAAGAGUUUUCCAUGAGAUGUUUCCCAAGAUGCCUGCUGAUCUUGAUUACACCUAUUAUUAAAUUUAAUUCUAAAUAUAAAUACAACAGUUAAA